AUGGAGUGGCUCGGCCGUUCAAACAUCGACUUCACCCACGCACCUACCACGCGUACCAUCAAAUCCCGUGGCAAGUCCCAGGUGGUCACCGACUCUUCGCAGAAGAGUUUGGACGAAGCCCACCAAGAUGUUAAUCUGUUGAAAAUUGUAAAGGAUGCGACGCCUCCCUGCCAGCUCAACCCUCUUCUCUUCAACGGCCAUGUGCAGACCAUGUGGACGGCGACCAAGCCACAUGGGCCGUCAGUGUACUACCGGCGUCGUAUUUUCACAGCAGAUCUCAAGGAAUAUGAAGGUACCUUUGCCGUCGACUUUGUGGUUCCUCCUCACGAUGACGAGGACGACAGCAUUUCAUUCCCUAGGACAGUGAAAUUUACGGAAAAGCAAUGGAAAGCUGUGGAUGCCGGGUCCAACGACGACAAGCCAAUGCUGGUCAUCCUGCAUGGUCUAUCCGGAGGCUCUCACGAAGUCUACUUGCGGCACUGUAUCCAACCAUUCAUUGAGCAGGGAAAUUGGGAAAUCUGCGUAAUCAACGCGCGUGGAUGUGCAGGAACCAAGAUUACGAGCGGUGUCCUGUACAACGCACGGGCGACAUGGGAUGUCAGGCAGGUCGUGAAAUGGAUCAGGAAGACGUUCCCAAACCGACCUGUCUUCGGAUUGGGGUUCUCCCUGGGCGCAAACAUGCUUACGAACUAUUGUGGCGAGGAAGGGCCAAACUGUGAGCUGAAGGCCGCAGUUGUUUGCUCAAACCCCUUCAAUUUGGAGAUCUCAAGCAAGAUCCUGCAAAGCAGUUGGAUUGGGAAAGAGGUCUAUCUGCGAGUCAUGGGCGGGUCCAUGAGGGCGCUUGCGCAGAAUCACAAAGAUGAUCUAGCGAAGAACACCGGCCUAGACAUGGAAAAACUUGUCAGCGUGAAGUAUCUGCAUGAGUUUGACGAGUUGGUACAAUGUCCUAGCUGGGGCUACCCGACCGUAUACUCGUAUUAUCGAGAUGCAUCUUCCACCGACGCGGUGCUGUCAAUUAGGAUACCAUUCCUAGCUGUGCACGCGGUCGACGAUCCUAUCGCAGUCAAAGAGGCAAUCCCAUAUGAGGAGUUCCGCCAGAAUCCAGACACAAUCCUUCUGACGACAUCGAUGGGCGGACAUCUGUGCUGGUUCGAGUCAGGAGGCUCGCGGUGGUAUACCAAGCCGGUAUAUAACUUCCUGAACCACAUGGCUUUCGAGACGGACUUGGAAAGCGUCAAGCCAAGCAAGGACCCCGAGACCACGGGCAGCAAUGAUAGAGGGACCAGAUACGUCCCCAUGCGACGCAACCUAUUCAUGCCGCACGAGGCGGCAUAG